UCCAUUAUCUCUUCCUGAAUACUUCUCAGGAAUGUAGGUCAUAAACAGAAACAUAUGUGCGUGGCAAAAUAUGACGGGAAUACUAUUGAUCAAGAGAAUGGCAGCCACCAGUGUAUUUCUUUCUAUAUGUCUAGGACUUGGCGUAGUGUUUGGGGGCUUCACGGUGAUCCACAUAGAUACAGAGCCCACUGAAAUCCUCUCUCUCAAGAAAAGCAGAGACAUUGAGAGCACCUUGGUAUUUCACAAAGAUGCAAGUGACGCCCGCUUGAUGUUUGAGUUCCUGCUGGGCGGCCUCAAGAUUGAUGCCAAUCACGUCAUCUCACUACAGGAUGAGGAGUUGGCAUCUAUGGAGCGUGGUCGAUCCUUCACUGCACUCAUGAAUGACCACGUGCCAAAGAGCCAAGCUUCCCUCCAGGAUUUGGGGAUGGAGGUGAGUCUCGAGGUGUUCCCCCUGAAUAUGCACAAAUUUGAGCAGCUGCUGCUGGGAACUGUCUACUCAGCCUACCAGCUACACUUGAGUCACACGGAGGAGGAGAAGCAGGCAUGGGUGGGCAUCUUUGUCCAACUGGCGAAUGCAACUCUUCUGGACUUAAAAAAGAAAUCUCUGCACUGAUCUGGAGAGUAAUGGCAGAAUCCUUAGCGUUGCGCCGUUGAUUGUCCUUUAGCCUGCCUAUAGCAGGGUUUUGAGUUUCUUCCUGGAUGUCUGUCAAAAAAUUGUCAGCUCAGAAUAGAGAUCAUUGCAAUUAUAUUAAUUUUCUCCUUUCAAUAAUAGAUUAAUGAACUGCCCCUUGGACCAAGAUGCAGUGUGGUGGAUGAUUUUGUAUCGGGUGCCAUUUGCCAAAAGGUGUACUCUGUUUUUCUUAUUUCAAUUGUUAUUUUGUAUAAAUUUUUAAGAUGCCAAAUGUAAAAACACUUUAUUUACAGAAGGUAACAAUGUCUUUUUUCAGAUGUUUGUUUUUUGCCUGCCAUAAUGGCAAAGAUCAAGCUUAUGUGAAAAACGACACACUUAAAUAGCCAAUAGGCAAAUAUCUAGCUUAUACAACAAAUACUUGCUUAUAUGCCAAAUAUCUAUCUUAUAUAGUAAAUGUCACACUUUAUGUAACCAAUUGUAUCUCAAAUGCUGUAAGUUGCCUUGGAUGAAAGAGUCAGCCAAUUUAAUAUUAAGAGUAAUAAUGUCAUCAGAUAUCCAGCUUACCUUCAGUCGACAUGGCAAAUAUCAACCUUAAAUGUUAAAAAAGUCUGAAUUAGCAUAAGCGAACCUAAUUUGGGAUAUUCAUAAGAAAUGUAAAAAAUUAUAU